CAUUACCCCGAGAUCAACCCUCGAGGUUUUACAGGUUGUUGUUUGUGCUGUUAACUCUGGAUUGGCAAGGCUGAUCUAUGCAAUCACACCACGUCUCUGGCAGCGUGAGGCUUGCUCGACGAAGAAAGGAAGGUUGGUGGCCGACAAAGCUCUAUGAUUUUCAAAUUAUUUAAUGCAGAGGUUUAUUUUUGGAGUCGACCUUCUGAUGACCAACAAUCUUAAGUUAGAUUCAAAAAUGCAUCACUAGGAAGCUAUCCAAUGUCUUCUCCCAUCAGUAGCAACCAAGAACCUUCUUCAAUGGUUGCCGAAGUAAACAUGGGCACCGAUCCUUCUCCCCCAGUUAUUCGAACUACCGUCGUUCAAGCUUCCAGCGUCUUCUAUGACACCCCUGCUACUAUGGAUAAGGCGGAGAGAUUGAUAGCGGAUGCUGCUGGAUUAGGAUCACAACUGGUGGUUUUCCCAGAGGGUUUUAUUGGUGGGUAUCCUAGAGGACUUAACUUUGUAGACCGCACGGCUAAGGGGAAAGAAAGCUUCCGCAAGUAUCAUGCUUCAGCCAUAGCCGUUCCUGGGCCUGAAGUUGACCGACUGGCAGCCCUGGCUGGAAAAUACAAAAUUUACUUGGUGAUGGGUGUCAUAGAAAAGGAUGAAUACACAUUGUAUUGCACCGUUUUGUUCUUUGAUUCUCAAGGCUGCUACCUUGGGAAACACCGGAAAAUCAUGCCAACAGCUUUGGAACGUCUAGUUUGGGGUUUUGGUGAUGUAUCAACUACUCCAGUUUUUGAAACUCCAAUUGGGAAGAUAGGCUCUGUCAUUUGUUGGGAAAACAGAAUGCCACUUCUGCGAACUGCAAUGUAUGCCAAAGGCAUUGAAAUAUACUGUGCACCUACUGCGGAUCGCAGUGAUACUUGGCAAGCAACAAUGACGCACGUUGCACUUGAAGGUGGAUGCUUUGUUCUAUCACCUGCUCAAUUCUGCCUUCGGAAAGACUAUCCACCUCCUCCUGAAUAUACAUUCAGUGGCACGGAUGAUGAUCUCUCACCCGAUUCUGUUGUGUGUCGCGGUGGCAGUGUCAUUAUUUCACCGCUGGGAACUGUUCUUGCAGGACCAAACUAUGAAGGAGAGGGUCUCAUCUCAGCUGAUCUAGAUCUUGGAGAAAUUGCUUGAGCAAAGUUUGAUUUUGAUGUGGUGGGACAUUACUCUAGGCCUGAUCUGCUAAACCUUGUUGUGAAAGAUGAUCCAUUAAGUCCAGUGACAUUCAAGUCUGGAAAAAGCGAAAAACUGAAGCAAGAACCUGGUUGGAUCAACAAAGCUUAAUUCUGAACCUGUAAGGGGAAGUCAGCAGUACUAAUAAUCAAUAAAUUUGUGGAAUUUGA